AUGUCUGGCUGGCAGCAGAUAUUCCACUACCCCGACCAUCUAGGUCAUCGCGUAGUCCUCGAGGAAUUUGUUAAACCUGAAUUUCCAGACCCCAGUCACCUAGUCUCCAUCCAGGUCAAUACCAUCACCGGCGUGAAAUUUCUCACCGCAAGCAGCAACGCCAGUUGGGGGCUUCUAAUCAACUUCCUUUAA